UGGGAUCACAGCGUGGGGCGGUGCUAUGCUGCUCACACCACGCCCCCUCUUGCACACUGUAGUUGCUGUAGUGCGGGCGGUGCCGGAGCCGCGGCCGCCAUGUGCCGCUCAGCGGCGGUGCCGGUCCCGGUCCCGGUUCUGAUUCUGACCUUGGUGCUGCUCUCGGCCGCCGCCGCUUGGGACCUAUGGGCGCUGCGCUGCAGCUUCACGGCGGAUUGCGAGUGCGGCUUCAGGCCCGAUCUGCGCGGUCUGGAGUGCGAGCUGGCCGUGUCCCUGGUGGGGCAGCCCCUGGUGAGGCAGCAGCUGAUGAAGGGGCUCAGGCAGUUCGUGCAGCAGCGCAGCCCGCAGAAGCCCCUCGUCAUGUCCUUCCACGGCUCCACCGGGACGGGAAAAACCUUCGUCAGCUCCAUGUUGGUCCGGCAUCUCUUCCCCGAGGGGCUGCAGAGCCCCCACGUGCACCAGUUCUCCCCUGUCGUGCAUUUCCCCCACGCGGAGCACGUGGAGCGGUACAAGGAGAAUCUGAGGCACUGGAUCCAAGGGAACCUGACAAACUGUGGACGGUCGGUCUUUCUCUUUGAGGAGAUGGACAAGAUGCACCCAGGCCUGAUUGAUGUGAUUAUGCCAUUCCUGGGACCCUCGUGGGUUGUGUAUGGGACCAACUACCGCAAAGCCAUCUUCAUCUUCAUAAGCAAUGCGGGAGGAGAGCAGAUCAAUGAAAUGACACUGGAUCUCUGGCGUGCCCACCAGGACCGGGAGGAGAUCAGCCUGCAGGACAUGGAGGCAGCCAUCUCCAAAGCUGUGUUUGAGAACCCUCAGAGUGGAUUCUGGAAAUCUGGGAUCAUUAACGAACACGUCAUUGACUUUGUCGUGCCUUUCCUCCCACUGAAGCACCACCACGUAAAGCAAUGCGUCAUCAAUGAGCUUGUGCAGCAAGGGCUAGAAGUACGGCAGGAUGUCGUCCAGGAGGUGGCUGACAGCAUCCCCUAUUUCCCAGAAGAAGAGAAAUUAUUCUCAUCAACAGGCUGCAAAACUGUGGCCUCUCGGAUCAUUUUUUUCUUCUAGCCUUGCUCAGAUCCAUAGGGGACAUAUACAGGGCUGUAAAGCUGCAGACUGGAAUGAGCACCAGGAGCUCUGUGUUACCAUGCAGUAGCACAAAUGCUCUCCUGUUGGAUUUAUCUUUGCCAGCCCUAAGGGUGCUAUUGCGGGAUGUAACUGUGGGAGCAAGUGCAAGUGGUUUGAUUUAAAGCACUUUGUGGUUUAUUCGGUGUCCAGGUGAAGGUGGAGAUGCUCAGCCUGGUGCACCACUCAAGUCCUAUCUGUGAUGGAGAGACUGCAGCAUCAGGGAGGUUUCUUACCCUGUCAGCAGCACCGACCUGCAGCUCUCUCCUCUUCUGCCAUCCAAUGCAUGAAGAUUCUGAGCCAAAAGAAGAAUGAUUUUGUUAAAACACAUUAUUUUAGCAUUUUCAGAGCCAUGUUUUUAAGCAUGGUGGUACCUCAGUUAGUUGGUACAAUGUGAUCAUGCUGGUGCUGACUGCUGCAUUGCUGGCUGCUGAACACCCUCAACAUUAUACAUUCGAUAUUACAUUAAAGUUUUCCUUUCAGGGAUGUUUUAGAGCCAAUUUCUUUGCAGUUUCACUGUGAACAGAUGCUGGCCUUCCUCCUCCAGCUUCUUGGACAGCCAUUGGAGGAACAGCCUCAAAUGCAGCCUGGGAGCUGGUCCACGUACAGACCAUCCUGCCUGCAGCAAUGGUGGUAUUUCUAAUGAUUUUAAAUAAAUCUUGUAUGAAAUAAA